UAUAUCGAUGACAUCCUGAUCCCCGCCAACAACUGGGAUCAACUAUGUGAUCGAGUCGAAGGUUUACUCGAAGCGUGCGAUAAAUGGAACCUGUCGAAUAGCGUAGUCAAACGUUUCUGGGGAAUGCCCAAGGUCGAAUACUUGGGCCAUAAGGUCUCACACAAUGGGCUGGAGGCGAAUCCUAAAGAUCUGUCGUCAUUGACGGAUCUAGCAUUCCCUGGAUCACUUCGAGCUAUGCAAUCAUUUCUGGGAAGUCUGAACUAUUAUAGCCGAUUUAUUGAAGACUACGCGAUCUACGCGCCAGUUCUGUAUGAAUUGCGAGAAAUCGACUUUGCGGCGAUGGCACAGAAGGCCACCCAAGCGCGGAUCCGACAAGUACUGGGGGCGGAGAAUGCAGAUCAAGGAUCGCAGGAAGAUCGGGGUGUCGACCACCGAAGGAACUUGGAUCUGGAGACGCCUGACCCUAUUGAGGUGAAUCCGCGUUGGAUCCAUGCUCAUCGGUCCUUCAACGUGCUUAAAACCAGGAUCGCUACAACUCCGAUCUUACGACACUUCGACCCAGAUCGGAAGGCCACAGUGGUGGUGUACGCCAGCGAUUGGGCCAUCUCGGGAGCAUUGAUGCAAGAGUACGACCAGAUCUACUACCCCGUGACGUUUGCAAGCCGUACUCUGAAGUCAAACGAGCUAAAUUAG